AGCUGAUAAGUAUAUAUCGUGUAAUCUUUAGUUGGGUUCUUAACUUUGUGUUUUAUUUGUGUCUUCAAUAAUGUUAAUAAUACAUAAGUACUAGGAAGUUGUUACAGCAAACAAAUCAUAAGAUGGCCACAACUAGGUCUCUGUAUCUGUCCUCUAAACCCAAAAUCUUACACACUCUCUUCCACUUUCGUCUCAAACCCAAGCCCCAAAAUAUCCACCCUUUCUCUUCCCAAGCCUCACAACUCUCAUUAGUGCCGGACCCAUCAUCACCACACCUCGUUAACGAAAUCUCUCGCAUACUCAGUGAUCACCGGAACCCCCAUAAUGAUUUAGAACUUUCUCUCAACACUUUUUCAAAUCAAAUAUCCACAAACAUGGUCGAGCAAGUGUUGAAGAGGUGCAAAAAUCUUGGGUUCUCAGCUCACAGGUUCUUUCUUUGGGCUAAAAGAAUUCCGGGUUUUGAGCAUAGUGUUAUUAGCUAUCAGAUUUUGGUUGAUAUCUUGGGAAGUAGUAAGCAGUUUGCUAUAUUAUGGGAUUUCCUAAUAGAAAUGAGAGACUCUCAAUGUGUUGGGAUUAGCUCUGAAGUUUUCUGGCUUGUUUUUAGAGCUUACGGUAGAGCUAAUCUUCCUGAGGAUGCGGUUCGAGCUUUCAAUCGAAUGGUUGAGUUUGGUAUCAAGCCGGGAAUUCAUGAUCUUAAUCAGCUUUUGUAUGUGUUAUGCAAAAGGAAGCAUGUAAGACAUGCUCAACAAUUUUUUGAUAAAGUGAAGAUUGGGUUCGAGCCGAAUGCAAAAACUUAUAGUAUUUUGAUGAGGGGGUGGGGGGAUAUUGGUGACUCAAAUGAGGCACGUAAGUUGUUUGAUGAAAUGCUUGAACGAGGAUGUAAGGUGGACGUGUUAGCAUAUACUAGUUUGUUGGAGGCUUUGUGCAAAGCUGGGAAUGUGGAUGAAGCGAAUAAGAUCUUCCGGGAAAUGGGGUCUAAUGGAGUUGAUGCUGAUGCUUCUACUUACUCGAUUUUCAUCCGCGCAUAUUGUGAAGCAAAUGAUAUGCAUUCAGCCUUUAGGGUGCUUGAUCGAAUGAGAAGAUAUGAGCUUUUGCCUAAUGUUUAUACUUACAAUUGUAUUAUCAAGAAGCUUUGUAAAAAUGAUAGGGUGGAUGAGGCUUACCAACUUCUAGAUGAGAUGAUUGAGCGGGGAGUUUGGCCGGAUACAUGGAGUUACAAUGCUUUGCAAGCUUACCACUGCGAUCAUUCUGAGGUGAAUAGGGCUCUUAAAUUGAUUUCUAGAAUGGAGAAAGAUAAUUGCAUGCCAGACCGACAUACCUAUAAUAUGGUGCUCAAAUUGCUUAUCAGGAUAGGAAGAUUUGAUAGGGCAACUGAAGUUUGGGAGAGUAUGGGGGAGCGAAGAUUUUAUCCUUCCGUGUCAACAUAUGCUGUCAUGAUUCAUGGUCUAUGCAAGAAGAAAGGUAAACUAGAGGAGGCAUGUAAGUACUUUGAGAUGAUGGUUGAUGAAGGAAUACCGCCAUAUACUUCUACCAUUGAGUUAUUGAGGAACCGCAUAUUAGAGCUAGGUUUCUUGGACCAGAUUGAGAUACUUGCAAAUAAGAUGGAGAGAAGCACUUCUUGUUCAAUUCAGGAGCUGGCAAACAUGAUAAGAGGUGAUAAGACAAAUAAGACUUCAAGAAGUGAAGAAACAGAUCUGGAAAGUGAUUAAGAGCAAUGGGCUAUGAGCAUCUUGGAAUUAUGAUCAUCUAGAUGAAGUGGAUGUAUUUCUUCUAAGAACAAUCUCUGGAUGAAUUCCCAGCAGUAGUUCCCUUUUGUUUAGGCUGCCUGAGCUUUUGGCAUAUGUAAAUAUUUAAGAGGAAACAGCUGACCUGCUUGCAGCAAAAAUGGCUUGAUUUUCUCAAGUAUCACCUCAAUAUUUCUAUAUAAUGUUCAAUAGUUAGGAAAUUAUUGUUCUGAAUCUUACCAUAUUGGCAUGCUGUUGUCUGGCUUAACAAUCCAGGAAUAUGGAAUAUCCAAUUGUAGUUGUAACAGUAGUAUUGAAAACUCAUUCUUUUAUUUGAAUUUACCGUCUUCUUUCUUUC